CACUUCAAUGAAUCACUGAAGCUCAAUCUCAUCAAUGAUCCCGCAAAUCAUGGGUCACUUAAAUCUACCAACGUCCAAACGGAACCCACGCCAAUGGAAGCUUCUGGACUUCAUCUCCGCCCUGUUCUUCGCCUUGGUACUCUUGUUCUUCGCCUUAGUCUUCACCCCUCUCGGCGAUUCCAUGGCCGCCUCCGGAAGACAGGCUCUGCUGGUUUCCACAUCGGAUCCGAAGCAACGGCACCGUUUGGUGGCGCUGUUGGAGCAAGGCCACCACCGCCAGCCCAUCGAAGCUUGCCCUCCUGAUUCCGUCGAUCAUAUGCCGUGUGAGGAUCCCAGGCGGAACAGUCAACUGAGCAGGGAGAUGAAUUUUUAUAGAGAAAGGCAUUGCCCCUUGCCUGAUGAAAUGCCUCUUUGCUUGAUCCCUCCCCCGCUUGGGUAUAAGAUUCCUGUUCACUGGCCUGAAAGCUUGCACAAGAUAUGGCAUUCCAAUAUGCCACACAACAAAAUUGCUGAUAGGAAAGGUCACCAGGGAUGGAUGAAAGAGCAAGGUCCUUACUUUAUUUUCCCUGGCGGUGGAACAAUGUUCCCUGAUGGAGCUGCACCGUAUAUAGAGAAACUUGGACAGUACAUUCCUAUAACAGGUGGAACAAUUAGGACGGCUCUCGAUAUGGGCUGCGGGGUUGCAAGCUUUGGGGGUUCUUUGUUAUCAGAAGGCAUUUUGACACUCUCCUUUGCUCCAAGAGAUUCACACAAAGCACAAAUACAAUUUGCUUUGGAAAGAGGGGUACCGGCCUUUGUUCUAAUGCUUGGCACACGCAGACUCCCGUUUCCUGCUUUUGCAUUUGACUUCAUUCACUGCUCCCGAUGCCUGAUCCCUUUUACAGCUUAUAAUGCAACGUAUUUCAUUGAAGUGGAUCGGUUGCUUCGUCCGGGUGGAUAUUUGGUCAUCUCCGGACCCCCUGUGCAGUGGCCUAAGCAAGACAAGGAGUGGGCUUGCUCCAGGCGG